GCCGAAUCAUCUUUUCUGCCAUUCACUUGCUGCUAUUACGUUUGUGUCAAGAGAAUUUGCAGAGUGAAUUAUCAACAAGAAAAACGCAAAAGUGCAAAUAAUGACGGGUGUUGUGACUGGAGGGGGCACAAGAAAGAAGAGUGGCAGUUCAUGCCCAUUUGGUGAAGGGUUUUACAGUAAGAUAACGAAACUGAUGCUAUCGAAGGACAGUAAUGCUGUCAAGGAACUUCGAGAGUGUGUCAAAAUGGUAAGCGCAGCGAAACUGACGCCAAAUGAUGAGUUCUGGGACAGUGGAGAUGAGAUAGCGCCAGUAGAUGCACAGGCGCCUUCACCGGCAGGCCCAUCAUCUACUUCAGAAGCGCGACCAACGGGCGCGAAAAAAUCUGUGACAGAUCGCCCGCGUAUUAUACACUUGGAUGCGCUGCCAACUGCGGAAAAACGAGCUGCUGCAAAAGCAAAAGUCGAUCCACCGCCAGUACCUGAAAAGAAGAGAAAAGGUCCGGUCGGUUUACCCGCUGCACGACGUUCCGAUGACUCUGAUUCGGAUGAUUCGAAAACUUCUGAGAAGCCAUGCAAGAAAUGUGGCGAGAAAUCGACAACAGCUUCGAACUCGGUAUUUACUUGUGAAGGUUGCCACACGUCAUAUCAUCAAAAAUGUCAUAAGCCAGAAAUAACAGCACAACAAUCUGGUGAUCCUCGAUUCAUCUUUAUAUGUGCAGAAUGUAGUGGAAAAGCUGUAGCGUCAACGAAAUCACGUUCAUCCAGCCCAAAAUUGACAGCAAAAGCUGAGGGAACUCGUGGAGCUGCGAUGGCGCCUCGUUCAGGAUCGGACAUCUCAGCUACAUUCGAGGCAUAUAAAAGAAAAAAAGAACGCCAGGUGAUGAAAGCGAAGGCCGGUUUGUCGAAAUGAUCACUAAUUAACAACAUAUGAGAUCAAU